AUGCUUAUUGAAAAUCCUGACGCUUUCAAGUCGUGGUUGACCUCCAUAUUGGAACCCCUUUGUGAUGCUGACCCAGCCGCCCUCGCUAAGUAUGUAUACGCUCUGGUCAAGAAGGACAAGCCCGUCGAAGAAUUACGGGAGGUCAUGGUCGAUCAGCUCGACGUGUUCUUACAGCAUGAAACGAAACCGUUUGUCGAGAUGCUGUUCACCUCCCUGGAGUCCAACGAAUACCUAAAACACGUUGUAGAAAAUGAAGUAUCGCCACCUGGCGUUGAAGAACCUCCCAAGGAACAACCGGCGGUGGUUGAAAACCAUGUGGGCGAGGCUCCAGCGGCGACGACGUCAGUGCCGGGCCCGUCAGGCCCUCGCUCGGGCGGCGAGUCGCGCGCGCGCUCUCCCACGGCGGGUGCGGUGGCGGGCUCUAUCGGCCCGCCGCGCCUCGUCGUGUCGCGCGCGGCCCGACACGCCGCACCUGCUCCUCUCAACAGGCAUCCGCAUAAUGAACACACUCUCGUUAAGGUUCUGCCAUUGACUGAAUUAUUAGAAGAACCUGUAGACCAACCCCCCAGAAGACGCGACAGGCGAGGAGAUUCGACACGUGACAAAGAUGACCGUCGCCGCAGACGUUCUCGCUCGUGGGAACGGCGCGCCAGAGCGAGACGGCAUGUAAGGGACAGCGAACACAACAAUGACGUCAGAAGGCGUCUUCCGUCCCGAUCCCCAUCCCCACGCGGCCGCUACCGCAACAGAAGCCCCCCUCCACCAGCUCUGGAACGUCAGACAAGCAGAUCUAGAUCAAGAUCACCAGUGAUCCGCGAACGCGAUCUCGAGAGAGAAAGAGACAGACUGCGAGUGCCCCGCGAGAUGGAGCGAGAUAGAAUGUCACGGGAUCGAGAGCAUCGGGACAGAAUAUCCAGCUCAAGGGACAGGGAACGAUCCCGCGACAGGUCCCGCGAUCGCUCGACGUCCCCACACGACACAGACCGGAGACUAGAUCAUAACGACGCCUAUAAAAGGCGCUGUAGAGAUUUUGAUGAGAAGGGCUACUGCAUGCGCGGGGACCUGUGCCAGUGGGACCACGGCAGCGACCCCGUGGUGCUAGAGGACGCGGCCGCCGCGCUCUCCUCCGUGCUGGCGCUGCCGCCUGCCGUGCCCGAAUACAACCCGUUGACGCCUGAUAUCUGGUGUGGUGGCGCGGGUUCAUUCCCGCCCUAUGCUCAUCCACAUCACCCACACCCACCGCGGGAACUCAUACCUAUACCAAGUUCAGUACCACACAGAAUCCGACACGAUAUGUCAACGGUGGGCCCACGUCCCGCACCACCACCACAACCACGGCACCCAGCUCCUCAUAAGAAGACCUUCGACUAUAAUCGAUUCGGCUGCGCACGUCCUCCACUAGCGUCCGGCUCGGCGAACUGUUCCCUAGACGUGAAGAAAGUGCCUCGGGGUCUGAACGACAUCACACAUUUGAAUAAUCACUUCUCGAAGUUUGGCAAGAUUGUAAAUAUACAGGUGUGCUACGAGGGCGAUCCCGAGGCAGCUCUGAUAACUUUCUCCAAUCCAACUGAAGCCAACAUUGCUUACAAGAGUACGGAGGCUGUGCUCAAUAACAGAUUUAUCAAGGUCUUUUGGCAUAAUCCACAUAACCCAGACAACAAACAAGAGAACAUGGCCCCGGGUGGUCAACACGUAAACAAACCGAAUGACAGACAGAACUCCCAGCAUCCGAUGUCGCACAACAAAGUUCUCAUCAACAGAGAUAACAUAAAGGCUACAGCCGACAACAAGCAGCAACAAGAGAAAGAAAAGGAAGCUGAGAACGGUGUGGAACCUAAGAAGGAGGCUGUCAAGCCUGUGACCAAGAGCAAACUGAUCAUGGAUCAACACAAACGUGCGCAGGCGCUACUCGAGACUCAGCUGCAGCAGCAGAUGUUGCUCAUACAGAAGUUAGAAUCAGGCAACGUGACGGAGGCGCAGCGGCCCGCGCUGCUGGAGGCGAUCAGCUCCGCGCAGGAGGGCAUCGAGAACCUGCGCAAGCAGCUCAUGGCCUACAACGACACCGUCAAGCAGCUGCAGCAGGCAAAAAAACCGAAGACUAUGGAGGAAGCCCAGAAGGAGAUCCUUGAUGCCGAACUGGAUCUGUUUAAUAAGCAACAGGAGGGACAAGACGUAACGGAGCUGCAGAAUAAGAUAACAGAGCUACGUCGACAGAUGGCGGUACAGUUUCCUGCGCAUAUCAUAAGACGACCGAAUGCCAGGAACAGCAGGUUCAACACGGCCACACGCUUCACCCGCGGCGGUCUCGUCAGACAGCCACGUCACAGUCUGACGAACACUAAAAUGUUCAACCACAGCAUGAACCAGUCUGUGGACCACAGGCCUCGGGCUCUGUUGAUAUCUGGGUUCGAAGUCGACGAGCUGGAAGCUCUCGUGGCGCAUUUCUCUCAAUACGGCGAGGUGGUGAGCAAGGAGGAGGAGCUGUCGGUGCCGCAGCUGGUGCUGCAGUACAAGGCGCGCGCGCACGCCGAGCUCGCCGCGCUCAACGGCAAGCACUACAACGACCGCACGCUCUCCAUAACAUGGGUUGGCAACACAACUAACAACCGCACUGCUCCGGUUGCGGUCACCGAGCCCCAACCCCUCGCUCCCAGGACUGCACCACUGGAAACCAAUAAUAAGGACGAGCCAUCAAGCACUCUGUCGGAGGAGUCCCUGCUGCGCUUCGAUGAGGAAGAGGAGGAGGAAGCAGAUGAGGAACGCUCCUGGCGACGUUGA